GCUGCCGUCGGCUCCGCGCGGGGGGCGGGCCGGCACCCCGGGGCGCGGAGGAGCGCGCUCUGCUUCCCUCUCCUCUUCCCCCCCGCCCCGCUCCGCACUCCAGGGCAGCCCCUGCCCGGUCCGCGCCGCUUCUCCGCUCGCCCCGCGGCAAACUUUCGGCCCCUGCCCGCCCCUCGCCCGUUAUUCGUCGUGGCUCGAGGCCGGCCGCGCCGCCCCGAGGGCUCCUCCCGACCUCCCCGCCUGCGGCUCCGACCAUUACGGGACCCAGAAACAUGUCGACCACACUUCUGUCCGCCUUCUACGACAUCGACUUCUUGUGCAAGACGGAGAAAUCCCUGGCCAACCUCAACCUGAACAACAUGCUGGACAAGAAGGCGGUGGGGACGCCCGUGGCCGCCGCCCCCACCUCGGGCUUCGCGCCGGGCUUCCUCCGACGGCACUCGGCCAGCAACCUGCACGCCCUGGCGCACCCCGCGCCGAGCCCCGGCAGCUGCUCGCCCAAGUUCCCGGGCGCCGCUAACGGCGGCAGCGCGGCGGCCGGUGGCCCUGCCUCCUAUGGUACCCUCAAGGAGCCGUCGGGGGGCGGCGGCGGCGGCGGCACGGCCCUGCUCAACAAGGAGAACAAAUUCCGGGACCGCUCGUUCAGCGAGAACGGCGAGCGCAGCCUGCACCUGCAGCAGCAGCAGCAGCAGCAGCAACAGAAGGGAGCCGGCGGCUCCCAGAUCAACUCGACCCGCUACAAGACCGAGCUGUGCCGGCCCUUCGAGGAGAGCGGCACGUGCAAGUACGGCGAGAAGUGCCAGUUCGCGCACGGCUUCCACGAGCUGCGCAGCCUGACGCGGCACCCCAAGUACAAGACGGAGCUGUGCCGCACCUUCCACACCAUCGGCUUCUGCCCCUACGGGCCGCGCUGCCACUUCAUCCACAAUGCCGACGAGCGGCGGCCCGCGCCGUCGGGGGGCGCCUCCGGGGACCUGCGCGCCUUCAGCGCGCGCGAUGCGCUGCACCUGGGCUUCGCGCGGGAGCCGCGGCCCAAGCUGCACCACAGCCUCAGCUUCUCGGGCUUCCCGUCGGGCCACCACCAGCCCCCGGGCGGCCUCGAGUCGCCGCUGCUGCUGGACAGCCCCACGUCGCGCACGCCGCCGCCGCCCUCCUGCUCCUCGGCCUCGUCCUGCUCCUCCUCGGCCUCCUCCUGCUCCUCCUCGGCCUCGGCGGCCUCCACGCCCUCGGGCGCCCCGACGUGCUGCGCCUCGGCGGCGGCGGCGGCGGCCGCGGCCGCGCUGCUCUACGGCUCCGGGGGCGCCGAGGACCUGCUGGCGGCCGGCGCGCCCUGCGCCGCCUGCUCGGCCGCCUCGUGCGCCAACAACGCCUUCGCCUUCGGCCCGGAGCUGAGCAGCCUCAUCACGCCGCUCGCCAUCCAGACCCACAACUUCGCCGCCGCGGCCGCGGCCGCCGCCUACUACCGCAGCCAGCAGCAGGGCCUGGCGCCCCCCGCGCAGCCCCCGGCGCCGCCCAGCGCGCCCCUGCCCGCCAGCGCCGCGGCCGCCGCGCCGCCCUCGCCGCCCUUCGCCUUCCAGCUGCCGCGCCGCCUGUCCGAGUCGCCGGUGUUCGACGCGCCCCCCAGCCCCCCGGACUCGCUCUCGGACCGCGACAGCUACCUGAGCGGCUCCCUGAGCUCGGGCAGCCUCAGCGGCUCCGAGUCCCCCAGCCUGGACCCUGGCCGCCGCCUGCCCAUCUUCAGCCGCCUCUCCAUCUCCGACGACUGAGGCAAGAGGGCGCCAGUGAGGAGGAGGAGGAGGAGGAAGGGAAGGCCGCCGUGGGGGAGCGGCAGGGCCGGGCCGAAGGCCGCAGGCCCGACCCGAGAGCCUGGACUCGAACUGUGUGCGGGGAGGGGUCCGCACUCCUCCCCCCGCCUUUCGGUUUCCUCUUUUUUUUUAUAAUUAUUAUUUUUAUUAUUAUUAUUACCAAGUUUUCAAGUCUUGUUGAGCAACGAAAAGCCAACGAACUUUUUGUAUGGAUGAACAAAAUGCAACAGGGCAGUUGUGAUGCGAAUAGAACAAAAAAAAAAGCCAAACCUUUGAAACUCUUUUAGGUCUCCGGUGAGACUGGGACUCAAGUCCGCCCAGCACAGCAGCUGCCAGCCACCAUUCCAGUCCUCACUUGAAAUGCGGCGGGUCCGAUCCGGAUGCGAACCCCUGCCUGGAACAGGGGCCGCCAGCCACCGCCUUGCUAACCUAUGGGCUUUUAGAAUCCAGUAUUUCUGCCAAGAAUAUGCCUUGAUAGGAGCCCUCAUAGUUUCGUUUCGUUUCUUUUUGUUUUUUUAACAUAGUUAGGCGUACAUCUGGGGGAAGAAAACAAACCCUUGCAUUCCAAAGUUUCAUACUGGUUACUGGGUUCAUUGCCACCACUUAGUGGAUGUUUAGUUUAGAACCAUUGCUGUCUGCUCUCUGGAAGUCGUGGGCAGAGCUUAGUUUGUAAUCGUUGGGGAAUAACUGCUGAAUUUUUAGCUGUUUUGAGUUGAUUCGCACCACUGCACCACAACUCAUGAAAAAAAAACUAUUUAACUUAUUUAUUAUCUUGUGAAAAGUAUACAUUGAAAAUUUUGUUCAUACUGUAUUUAUCAAGUAUGAUGAGAAGCAAUAGAUAUAUAUUCUUUUAUUAUGUUAAAUUAUGAUUGCCAUUAUUAAUCGGCAAAACGUGGAGUGUAUGUUCUUUUCACAGUAAUAUAUGCCUUUUGUAACUUCACUUGGUUAUUUUAUUGUAAAUGAGUAAAACAAAUCUUAAUUUAAGAGAUUGUAUGUAAUAUUUAUUUCAUUAAUUUCUUUCCUUGUUUACGUAAAUUUUGAAAGAUUGCAUGAUUUCUUUACAGAAAUCUAUGUUGAUGCUGUGGAAGUAGUUUGAGGACUAUCUUAGGAGUUUUCUUAGAAUGUAUAAUGGUUGUAGCCCAUCCAAGUUUAUAGAAAAAAAAAGAAUGACCAUGCUUUGCAAUCAGGCUUAAGUGUGGCAUGCUUUUUUUCUAAUUCCACCUUUAUAAACUAGCAAAAAAGUAUUUUGUUUGCUUGUUUCACCACUUCUACUGUGACACUCUGGAGUAUACAGACAUGUAGCAAUAAUGGGGGGGGGGGGUAGUCUCAGUGCCUUCGAAAGGGCCCGAACUUGCCUUAAAUCUUCCUCAACCAAAUAAGUAUUUUGUUAGUGCUUGAGAAUCUGAAUGUAGGAUGGGUUCAACUGCACAAAAGGAAGAGAUCUUUACCACUUUUUUUAUAGAGAUACAAAGAGGCCACCUCUUAGCGCUGAAAUGGUAUCUAGUACAUGAAUAUGCCUUGUUUGAUUACAGAAAAUUCCAAAACUUGUACUAUUCUAUUUUUUUUCCGUGUAGAAGGGCAGGGACGUUUCCCGAGCCUUCCUGGACAGCGGAUGAAUGGGCGGUCGCUCUAGUGUGUGUAGGUACAGGUGGCUGGAGCACCACGCGCGCACCCUUGGACUGCUCUCGCGGAAGUGGGUGUUUGAAUGUAACAAGAGAAGUCAACUUGAGUUGUAAUAUAUUUUGGGGAAUCAGUUCACUACAAAUUGUGACUGUAAACAUUGUACUGUAAAUGUUUUGUAGUUUUCCCCCAAUAAAAUUUUUG